AUGACGAACACCGAUUCUGCAAAUCCAUCCCAAUGCGAUACGCAUGGGACUAAAUCACUUCCUCUCGCUGAGUCAGAUACCACAGAUUCAGUAAGUGAGUUAAAUGCGAAGGAAACAUCCAUCGAAGAACCUAUGCUUCUCAUGCAUAUGGACUGGUCUCAUCUCAAAUGGACCCCCGACCCAAAAAUGUUAAACUGGUCGGCCUUCGACAAACCAUCUCCAGGUUCAUCCCGUUGCGUUACGCAGGGGACUGAAAAUCCGACUUCGAUCAUUGAGGAGUAUAAACCUCCUCCACAGCCUCGAAUUUCGGGGACCCCUGAGAAGAAAAAGACGUAA